GUGUCCCUUUAACUCGUUGAACCUAUAAACACAUUUCAAGUUUUAUCCAAGUAAAAUUUAGGGCGAAUUCAGGGACAACUUGGUCACGCGACCAAAAACCAUCGUUUAAGAUUGCAAGUCCUUAAAAUCAUGACACAUGUUACCAUUACAAGCUCUCCUUAUUUAUUUCCUUUUUUGUGUGCCUGAAACUAGGUAAAUGCUAACCUCUUUAUUAUAAAAGACGGUACCCCUGCCACCUGAUCUUUGUUAUGAAACACCAACUGGCCCGUUUCACAACAGGGUGUAACGCCGAGUGACGGACCAACCGGAGGAGCCCAUUGCUGCCACGUGGUCUUUUGUGUAACGUGAUGCUGUCAUACAGUAACCCAGGCUUUACUACCAUAUGCCUUGGCCGCAAGUAGUUCCACGGAUGACACAGCGUGGAAGCAAGUAAAUAUAUGCUGAAUUACUUCUUAAGGAAGACUUACAACCAAAGACGGCAAGUGGAGACUGCCUCGUUGUUUUGUACAAAAAAGGGAAAGCGCUUAACACUUUUGAAACCAACUGGAGUGAUGGUUGGCAAUACAUGGUCUAGUGUUGAUGAAUAACUAGAGAUCACGAGUCAAAGGUCGGGUCCGGGGGGAUUUUAGCAAGUGACAUUGACUUCAUCAGACUUCCGAAAGUGGGCAUGGAUCUGCUGGGGUGUCCGAUUUGCCGAUGCCUGAUGUGCGAACCCGUGACGGUGUCCUGCGGUCAUUCUUUCUGUCGGAGGUGCGCAGCGAUCAGCCUGCAGUCGCAGUGUCCAGUUUGCAAAGAUAAGCUGAAGCCGAGGGAUAUCAGAAACGUCAAGAACAACGUCUUACUCUGUCGGAUCAUAGAGAAGUGUUGUCCGGAGGAGACAGAGCUUAAGUUAUGCUUGCUGGAGCGUCUGAAAGCCUGCAACUAUUCGCAAGCUUUGCGGAUCGCGGAUGAUGGACUGGAGAUAGCCUCACACGACGUUGGCCUGAAGGUACUGCGUGCGGAAGCCUCUGCGGGUCUGCAGCGGCUGCCAGAUGCCCUGCAGGACCUGGAUGAUGUCUGCCGUUUGCACCCUACCUGGAGUGAGGGAUUCUUCAGGAAAGGGAACAUCCUGGCAGAUAUGGGAAGACAAAGGGAAGCCUUGGUUCAGUACCAUCGAUGCCUCCAGCUGCAGACUGAUUUUUUCCUGGCCAAGGACCAGAUCAAGAACAUUUUGGAGGCAGAGGGAGCGAGGGUCCCAGAGGAGGUUCCCCAACUCCUGCAGGUGGUUUCAGAGCACAUCCACAGGCCCUGUGCCGCCAGCUGCUCCGUAGGGCCCGCCUCCGGGGACGCGCCCGGGCUCUGUCCAGAUGAAGAGCAGGAUGAGGCUGCACGUCCCGUGAAGAGGACCUUCCGCUCCGAGUGCUGCCUCAGCCAGGCUGGGGCCUUCCUCCCUGCCACUGAGGAUGACGAGGGACUACCGAGGAGGAGAGAUGACAGGCUGAGAAAGGGUAAGGGGAUGUCCUCUGCAUGGUGGAUAUGAGAUAGAAAGGUUGCCAUUUGUGUGAGUACAUGUGAUCAGGGGUGGCCUUUGUGCUGAGCAAGCUGGUCAGCUUAGGAAAACGUUAUGCUAGACUUCCUGUCCAUGAUUUGCUUUCUUUUCCUGGAACCCCUGGGCUAAGAUUGCUUCAUGGUUACAUAUAACAUUAGUAUUGUAGCUGUCUAGCCUGUUAGCAGAACAUGCUGCUUCUACAUCUCCUAAGGAAGGAAUGAGUUUGUUUAAUAGUUAGUGUGGUGGCUGUUAGUGGCCAAAGCUCAAGGGUCUCUUGCAAAAGUGAGCUGAAUGGUGGUAAGCAGUUUGUAGGAGAACUUUGAUUCUUUUCACUUAUACCCAUCAUGCUCUCUGUGAGACACACGGUCACACAUGUGCAGGUGAGAGCGAAGCCUGGGCAGAGCACACAGGGGCAGCCAUUAAUCCCGCAUCUCUGGAGCUGCUUUUGGCUUAAGGGCUCAAUGGUGAUAUCACUGCUCUGCCAGCCAUGGGAUUUGAACCGACAACCUUCCGGACGUGUGCAGAGAUUCUUAACUCC